AUGCCGUGGGAAUUCCUGGCUCGGGUGAUGCCCGUCCUGCCCGGCUCCUCCCGGGGCUCAGCCCGUCCCUGCCCACCCUGCCCGGUGCCAGUGCCCUCGUUCCCCGAGUGGGCGCCGGGGGGCGAAUCCCGCCCUGGCUCCAGGCAGAUCCAGCUGUGGCACUUCAUCCUGGAGCUGCUGGAGAGGGAGGAAUUCCGCCACGUCAUCGCCUGGCAGCGCGGGGGGGACGGCGAGUUCGUCAUCAAGGACCCCGAGGAGGUGGCCCGGCUGUGGGGGAGGAGGAAACGCAAACCCCAAAUGAACUACGACAAGCUCAGCAGGGCCCUCAGGUAUUACUACCCCAAGCACAUCCUGCACAAGUCCAAGGGCAAACGCUUCACCUACAAGUUCAACUUCCCCAAACUCCUGUUCCCGGCGCGCCCACCCGCGUGGGAUCCCCCCUGCCCUCCCCACUGGGAUCCCCACUGCCCACCCCGGCACCCCCCGGCUGUGCCCACGCAGGAGUCCCUGCUGGGGGAUUGUGAGUGA